AUGUUUUUAUGUUUAUAUUUUGCCAAUACGAUUAUACCAUUAUCUAAUGAACAAUUAAUGAUCAUCAAUAAAGGUUUGAAAUUUAUUCCACCAUGUCAAAAUCAUUUCUUUUCGAAUAAACCAAUUCAAAAAAUUAUUGAACGAGAAUAUAAUCGACUUUAUGAUGAAAAUGUUAAAAACCUUACAGAUUACACUUUUCCAACUACCGAUGCAAGAGCGAAAGAAUAUUUCCUUGCCAUUAGAACUUUACUUGAACAACUUUAUAUGAAACCUAUACCAAACAAAAUUGCAAGAAAUGCUCAAUAUUUAAGUCGUAUGAUAAAAUCAAUGCAACGACAAUUACAUAGAGCAAAUAUUGCUGUUGGACAAACUGAUAAAAGUAAAUUAUUUUUUUUUAUUGAUGCACAAGAUUAUGAAGAAAAAAUUAAGAAUUAUAUGACUAAAACAAAUGCUUAUCAAGAAAUUACCAGUGGUAUUUGCCCACUAGCUGAUAAUUUACAUUUAGUCAUAUUAUUACUUGAUCAUUUACGUGGCCGAAAGGAUAUUACCUAUGAACAAUGUAAACAAAUGUAUCCGAACAUAAAAAAAUUAGAAUUGACUCAUAUUUAUUUUAAUCUUAAAGUUCAUAAGCCUGAUAUAUCUGUUCGACCUAUUGUUGCUUCAAUUAAUGCACCCGCAAGACUUAUAUCAAGUUUUUUAGAUCAAAUUCUUACUCCAAUAUAUAAUCAUGCGACGAAAGAUAUUACAUUUAUUAAUGGUAUAGAUGUUGUUCGAAAAUUAAAAGAAUAUCAACAACAAGGUUAUCUGACUUCAACAACACUAUUUGUGAUAUUUGAUGUCGCUGAUUUAUAUACAAUGAUUCCACGUGAUGGUGCAAUUGCUGCUUUAACUCGAUUUUGUGAAAAAAAUGCCAUCAAUGGAAAAAUUGGCACUCUUAAAAUAAGUACUAUUAUUCAAUUAGCAUGUGUUGUUUUAGAUACCAAUUCAUUUGCUUAUAAAAAAAAAUAUUAUCGUCAAAUAAAAGGGGGUGCUAUGGGUUCACCUUUCACUAUGGUGUUAGCGAAUAUUUAUAUGUUAGAAUGGGAACAAAAAUUAAUUCAACAUCAAAAAAUACAUAAUGGAAUUUAUGGACGGUAA